GUGGAACAGGGCAGCGCCUCUCCGUUUGAUUCUCCAGCCCACGGAAGAAGUCCCUCACCCCUGAAGGAGCCCGUUUUGAGGGGAGGGGGACUCUCCCAAAGGGGAGGAGACAACCCCAGAUUGGGCGAGGCUCCUCCCCUUCUCCCCAGGACCUCUGCCAAGGCGUGGGGGAUCUGCCAUCUCCCGCAGGUGGGACCUCCUUCUCCUCCUCCUGCCGCUCCUCCUUCUCGGGGCACUCGCCUCCCCGCCCCAGCUUGGGGAAGUCGGCAAAGCCCACGAAGAACUGCUGAGGAUGGGGCCCCUGGCCUGCCCGUAAAGAGCGAUCCCCCUUCCGCCCCGGGCUCCAGCGCCAGGUGGUUCCCAUCCUUCGCCUGGAGAACCUCUGAGACAGAGCGGGGCAGCGCCAUGGCUUCUGACCUGGAGAGCAGCCUCACCUCCAUAGACUGGCUUCCCCAGCUGACCCUUCGGGCUACCAUUGAGAAGCUGGGGGGAGCCUCACAAGCGGGGCCCCCUGGAGGGAGCCGCAAAUGCCCACCUGGUUCACCCACGGAUCCCAACGCCACCUUGAGCAAGGAUGAAGCAGCCGUCCACCAGGAUGGCAAGCCUCGAUACAGCUACGCCACACUUAUUACCUAUGCCAUCAACUCCUCCCCGGACAAGAAGAUGACCCUCAGUGAGAUUUACCGCUGGAUCUGUGAUAACUUCCCUUACUACAAGAACGCUGGCAUUGGCUGGAAGAACUCAAUUCGUCACAAUCUUUCUCUCAAUAAAUGUUUCCGAAAGGUGCCAAGACCGCGGGAUGACCCUGGGAAGGGCUCUUAUUGGACAAUUGACACCUGUCCUGACAUUUCCCGUAAGAGGCGUCACCCUCCAGAUGAUGAGCUGUCCCAGGACUCCCCAGAACAGGAAGCAAGUAAGAGUCCCCGAGGAGGUGUCCCAGGGAGUGGAGAAGCGGCCUUGUCUCCUGAAGGAAGUACUCAGAUGUCGAUGCCUAGCACCACCCCUAUUACAAGCUUCAAUCAGGGUUCGGGCCCCGUGGAUGGUACAGGAGUUGCAGCUGGUGGUCCAGGAAGAGAUGGGGCUGAUGGGCCACCUCCCUUGUAUAAUACCAGCCAUGACUUCAAAUUUUCCUACUCGGAGAUAAACUUUCAAGAUCUGAGCUGGUCCUUUCGAAACCUCUACAAGUCCAUGCUAGAGAAAUCGUCCUCUUCCUCUUCCCCACAUGGUUUCUCCACUCUCCUGGGUGACAUGCAGCCUUCCAACCACAACUACUACAUGUACCAGCAGCCGCCCCCGCAGCAGCAGCAGGCGCCGCCCCCGCAGCCACCGGCACAAGGCCCUUCCUCCGUGGGGGGCACCCCUUCGCUGCACACCCCCAGCCCGGAGGGCUGCCCCCCGCCCGGAGGGAAGCAGCCCGGGGCUGACGGCUACGGGACCCCCUCGGUGAUGGCCAUGCACCCGCCCCCGCUGCAGCACGUCGGCUACCACCCCCAUCAGCACCACCCGCCCCCGCCCCAGCAGCCCCCGCCGCCGCCCCAGCAGCAGGCCCAGUCCCAAGCUUCUAUCAACAGUGCCGCCUUUGCGUUUCCCCCUGACUGGUGCUCCAACAUUGACUCCCUGAAGGAAAGCUUCAAGAUGGUUAAUCGGCUUAACUGGUCCAGCAUUGAGCAGUCCCAUUUUUCAGAACUAAUGGAGAGCCUCCGGCAGGCAGAAAGAAAAAACUGGAGCCUGGACCAGCAUCACAUUGCCAAUCUCUGUGACUCCCUCAAUCAGUUCCUUACCCAGACUGGUCAGCUGCCCCAUCCAGGGGGUCCCCACCAGCCACCACCCCCCACUAGAAUUGCUGACACCUGUGCCCUGACCAGCGGUAAGCAGGAGUCCACGAUAAACCAAGUGAACUCUUAUGGACACCCACAAGCACCUCACCUCUACUCUGGCCCGUCACCCAUGUACCCAAUCCCUACCCAGGACUCUCCAGGAUAUAACCGUCCAGCACAUCAUCUGGUUCCCCGGCCACCCGUCCCGCCUCCUGGUUCCAGCGAGGAGAUUCCUGAUGAUUUCGACUGGGACUUGAUCACUUAGUGUAUCACAGACUGAAGAACCCAGGGCCAGUGGUGGUGAAUCCUGGGAAAGGAGCUAGAGAUAACCCCAGUCCCGUUCCCCUUCCCCCAGCCUGUACAUAGAUAUAUAGAGAUAUAUAUAUCUAUUUCCUCUUUUUCUUUUUUUUUUCUCUUUGCCAGAGAAGCCACUGCAAGAUGCUGCCGAAGAUAACCCUGCCUUCCCUGUCUUUCUCCCCCUUCUUUUAUUAUUAUUGUUAUUAUUAUAUUAUUGUUAUUACUACUAAUAUUAUUGAUUGCUGACCCCAGCCUCUGGCCCUGGUGCCAUGGACCAUUACCAUCCCCAGGUUGGGCAGUGAGACUCUAAUAACCAGGGACUCUGGUCUCCAGAUCUUGGAGAGGCAGUGCUGAUUCCAUCUGUUAGCCCUGGAUCUGUUACUGCCCCCAUCUAACUGCAGUCCAGGGCCAGAGAGAGUAAGUGGAGGCAGGUCAGAGGGGCUCUGCCGGCAUCAUUGAUCCCAAAGGAGUCUCCAAGGUGGUGCUAUUUCCUCCCCCAUCCUGAAAUCCUUCUCAUCCCCCAUUGAUGCUUACUAAGUCCAGGGCUUAAAAACCCCGGGGAAUAAAAAGCAGGGCAAGAAAAGGGCAGGUAGGGGAUGAUUGCUGACUGCAGUCAGGAAGGAGGGAUCUCAGGAGAUAAAUGGGGUUUGGUUAGAUAAGCAAAAUCCAUAGUGUUGUGAUUGUGGAGAGGUGGUGAUCAAUAAGUAUGUGUGGAAUUGCAUUGCACUGCCAUGGAAAUCAACCACUAUUCAUGGCCCCCCGCCCAUGACUCUCAGAAUUGGGAUCGAUCUCAACUAAGGAGCUCAGCCCCUGCUCUUGUGGGGAGGGAAUAUCAUCAACCCUAACUCAGUUUUUAGGAGAGUUCCUAUUUAUCUUUUUUUCUAUAACACUUUAAAUCCACAUCUCAUUUAUACAUGCAAAUUGCCAUCUUUAUACAUCUUUUCCCACCCAACAAACUGAAUAUUUUUGUCCAGUUUUUCAUACUGAUCUUCCCUUUUGUCCACUUAUCCCUUUGACCUCAGAA